GAUGGGCCAGUAGACAGAGCGAACACAGAAUUCCGUGAUGUAGGUCGUGGAUUUGCCUUUUCUGCGAUUUCUGUGACAUUUUUUCUCAGCGUGGGCUUCGUCAGGUUUUCUUCAGCAAGUGUAGGAGAAGAAAAAGACAAGAACAACAAAAAACAAGUGCAACUGCUGCUCGUUUCAUGUGUCGGAAGGUUGUUUUUUUGAGUGGCUCUGACUGCGACGGUGUGGGCUUUUGCAAGAACCAACAACUGCACCUUUGAUCCCAAACUGUGGUCGCGCCAGUGAAGUGAAACACCCGUGAAUUGUCACAGUGCGUGUUAUUACCAAACUUAUCACGGGCCACUUAAAAAGUGGGUGAAAACAGACAUUUUAAUGGCAGCAGUGAAUGUGUAAUUACUUAACACUUGCAACAUGGCUGCUGCGGGGACAACAGCGAGAAAAGUUUAACACUGACGUGGGAGAAGUUUUACGCGAAAGCUCGCUGCUUUAUGAGUUGUCGUGUGGAUAAUUAAGUCGUCCACAGUCUCGCUUCUGUCUGGUUCCGCUUUUCCCGGACUCACGAACCAGUGGAUGAACCGUGUGGGAGCCUCCUCCUCCUCCUCCUGCUGCUGUGUCCUCACCGCCGACAGUCACUGCAGUGGACUUUUCUGUGGGGAAACUGUGGUGUCUUCUUCUUUUUCUUCUUCUUCUUUCCCAUCGGAAGCUGCUGAGGAACUGUCGUCUGCCUCCCGGUUUGUGUGUCGAGAUUAAACCCCAUUAAAUCCAUAAAAUGCAUUUUUCCAUACCUGAAACGGAGGUGCGCUCGGGGGAAAAUGGAUCGAACUAUGUGGCUUACAACAUCCAUGUCAAUGGGGUCCUGCACUGUCGGGUACGCUACAGUCAACUGCUUGGCCUCCAUGAACAGAUAAAGAAAGAAUAUGGCAGCAAUGUGGUGCCUGCUUUCCCCCCAAAGAAGAUCUUCACACUGACUCCUGCUGAGGUCGAACAGAGACGGGAACAGCUGGAGAAAUACAUGCAGGCUGUACGCCAGGAUCCUUUGCUUGGAGCCAGUGAGCUGUUCAACAGCUUCUUAAGGAAAGCACAGCAGGAGACGCAGCAGAUUCCCACAGAAGAAGUUGCGCUCGACAUCUGCCUCUCUAACGGUCAGAAGGUUACUGUCAACAUUCUGACCUCAGAUCAGACGGAGGAUGUCCUUGAUGCUGUUGCAACAAAGCUUGACCUUCCAGAUGACCUUGUGGGUUAUUUCAGUCUGUUCCUCAUCCGUGAGGGUGUGGAUGGAGGUUUAACAUUUGUGCGGAAGCUGCAGGAGUUUGAGCUGCCUUACGUAUCCAUCACCAGCUUGCGGAACUCUGAAUUUCACAUACUCCUACGGAAAAGCUAUUGGGACAUGACCUAUGAUGGUGAUGUGAUGGACAACAGAGUUGGACUGAAUUUGCUGUAUGCCCAGACAGUAUCUGACAUUGAGCGAGGCUGGAUACUCGUCAACAAAGACCAGCACAGACAACUCAAAUCACUGCAGGAGAAAGGCUCGAAAAAAGAGUUCAUCCAUCUAGGUCAGACACUGAAAUAUUAUGGCUAUAUCAAGUUUGACCCAUGUAUCACCGACUUCCCGGAAAAAGGCUGCCAGGUCAUCGUCAGUGCCGGCAACAACGAGCUCAACUUCCACGUCAAGCUUCCCAACGAGCAGAUGAAGGAAGGAAGCUUCAAGGUCACGCGAAUGAGGUGUUGGCGAGUCACGUCUUCGCAAGUCCCGAUAGCCAAUGGUACAACCAAUUCCUGCAGCUCGGCUAAAUGCGAGGUCAAGCUGGAGCUGGCGUUUGAGUAUCUGAUGAGCAAAGACCGCCUUCAGUGGGUCACCAUCACCAGUCAACAGGCUAUUAUGAUGAGUAUCUGCCUUCAGUCAAUGGUGGAUGAAUUAAUGGUGAAGAAGUCGGGCGGCAGCAUCAAAAAGAUGCUGAGGAAACGACACAAUGGCUCCAUCCACCGAACUGACAGUCAGCAAGCUGUGAAAUCUCCCCCUCUGCUGGAGUCCCCCGACCAGAACCGUGAACAAAUCGUCAAACUCUCAACCAAGCUGAGCUCGGUGUCCCUGCGUGGGAUCAGCGCGUCCAACUCGGCAAACGACAUCAGCGGCAACGAUUUCCACGGCAACUAUGCUUUUGAGGGAAUCGGGGACGAUGACCUGUAACCCCUCCCUUCCUCUCCCAUCCCUACACCCCCCCAACACCCCCCCAACCCCUCUUUCAUUCCACUUUCAACAACUGGGAUGACAAUUAUGAGCUGAGCUGAGCCGAGCCGAGCGAAACCACACACACACACACACACGAGUGUCCGAUUCUGCAAGAUUGUAGCGUCUUCUCGGAGAAAUCGCUGCCUUAAGCUCUCGUUUUAACAUUUGUUUUAAACUUAAGCUCGUUUUUUUUUUUAGUUCCAAAAAAAUCAUAUCUACUUAUAUUUUUAUUGAAAGUGGCGGCGAGAUACUGCGUAAAGCUACAGGUACUCGGAGGUCUGAGGAAGUUCUACGUCUGUUUGACUCACGCGGUUCACUGUGUCAUUGACAGUAUGUGCGGAGUUACGCUAAAUCUAUAUAAAUAACGUAUAAAUAAGAAAUCCUGCUAGAUGUAGAUCCCGGAUUCUCUCCCCCUCCCUCCCGAGCGGCUGCAUGUUCCUCUGCAACCAGAGAGAGUUAGACCUGGUACUCGUGAUUAAAAAAAACAAAAAAAACAAACGAACAACACAACCGGACGUGGAGAGAGUCGAGAGUCUGUGUUGACGUUGAUCUCAGAACUGUAGACCUUUUCAGUGCUUAUUUACUAACACAGCUUGGCUAAAUACCAAAAUGUCAUAUUUUUAUACCGUCAGUGUGUGUGCCAUGCUUUCUCUCUGUUAUGUGCCAAGUCUGUAGAUAUCUGAACCAGAAAACCAGCGGUGUUCGCAGUCACUCAUGCUGCCUUCAGAAGUUUAGUCUGAUGCCUUAACUGUUUCAUUUCUCUGCCUCGCGCAUCACCUCGUCAUUCAACAUGAGAUUUUUUUUUUUUUAGAGUUUUAAAUAAGCGCUGUUCGUCGUCGUCGUCGGUGUCAGUCGUUACCUAGAAUCUUGCAGAACUUAAGAGAUGAUUGAUUUGGCCCGAGCUGCUUGCACUUCUUGCUGAACCCAUCAUUUUUGCACAGUAUUACAGGUGGAGAUGAAUGUUUGGAGUGGAAGCGUGAGAACAUUUUGUGGAGAUUUUUAUUUUCCCGAGGGGGGCUCUGUGUAAAAAUCCAUCUGUGAUUUUUUUUGUUUUUAAGAAAUAUUUUAAGGUUUCUCAUAAAUGCCAAAAUUAUAGUUUACUAAAGCAUUUUGCACAAAAUAAACAAAAAAUUAUGACAGUGUCACUUUUUAUAUUAUGUACAUGCAAAUAAGUAUUCUGAACAUUUACUACUAAUAUCUCUAUCCUCAUAGCUUGUUGUAAUCAAAAUAGAUCAAGUGUAAUCUAAGCUGUGUAGAACAAAAACAAGUUUAAACGGACUAACAUUUAUUAUCAUUGUUUACAUCAAUGUUUUAGUUCAAAUGGAAAGUGUUUACAAAUUUUGCAUCUGAUAUUUCUUCGUCUUGUUCUUGUGGAGCGAGGGAUGGCGGAGCAUUUCCGGGGCUCCAGUACGAAACAUUGUGCCAAUCAUCUCUGACGAUUUAGCUUAAAUAAAAAAAAUAAAUAAAAAAAAAGGUGCUUGGAUGAAACGGCUAAUGCCAUUUCCUGGUGUGUCGUGUAUGAUGGGCCACGUAACAAAAUGAUCAUAUCCGCUGUUUUAGAGGUCGUGUCAUUCCAUUUUCGCUGUUAAGCUUCAUUUGUUUUUUUAAUUUCUUUUGCAUCUCAUUGUUUUUGAAGCCUCUAAAUGUAAAUCAGUGCCAACCUGUCAACAGCUUUACUGGUAGCCACAACUGUAAACAAAAAUGUUCUCAAUGUAAAUGUCUUGUUCUGUCACUGUUCUGUCAAUUCUUCAUUUGUAUUUUUAUUUUAUUUUUUAAAUAGAGGGAUGACUGAGGACACCAGCCAUGUUUGUCGUCUCUCUUCCCGUCAGUACCAAGUACGUGGAAGCCCCAAGGUCCUGGGUGUUAAAUGUGUAGGUGCCAAAUUACACGUCAAGUGCAUUAACAUCCGCAUCGCUGUUUAACUAAAUGUCAGAUUCCAUGAAGACUGCAUUGACUUGAUUCAUUUCACUGCUCUUCGUUUGAUUCUAGUGUUAAGGUUCAGCGACAACUGUCCCAUCUGUUUGUCCUGAUGCAAAAAUAAAUCCUGAAAUGAGACGACCUUGUGGUUCUCAGUCAGUCGUCAGUUAA